AUGAUCCUAGUCAAUGCACUCAUGACAAAAUUACUGACAAAAUACUUAGAGUACGAUGAUAAAGCUUAUACAUUGCCAGAGAAGUUUACAAACAUUCUUUUUAUGGUUUCCUCUCUAUUGAAUAUGUCAUAUAUAUACUACGAGAAUCAUUCUUCUUGGUUGUACAUUUUAGCAUUAAUUGCAAGACCAUCCAUUAUAAUUUAAAUACCAGAUUUUUACAUUUUUGGGAUUUUGUUCGUGCUUUUGCAUUCUUUUUAUAUAUUUAAACCAAACCUUAUAGGAGGUAGUAUAGUAAGUUUAAUAAAUUCCUUGAUGAAAGUGGGAUUGAUGAAUUUUGUGUUUGAGUAAUUUAAUGAUAUUUAAGGAUAAAUCAUUGGUGGAAUUAUAUUGUUUUUUUACAUAUUUGAAAUUUUGUUCGUUUAGGGAACACUCAACAUAGAAACUAAAAACUUUUAAAGAACAGAAAUAACAUUAUUUUAUGUUCUCUAGACAAUUAUGAACAUUUUACUCAUGAUUCUCUAUAAAUUAUAAUAUCAUCUCAGAAUUAUUCAAAUUUUAGCAAUUAUGAAUUCAGCCAUAUCAGGGUUGGAUUUAAUAAUGCUUAAAAAUUAGAGAAACUCCUCACUUAGAUUAGUAAUGAUUUCAAUUUAGUUAAUAACAUUAUAUGUUGGAAUAAUUUAAUUUAUUCAUUAUGAGAAUUCCUUCUCAUUAAUAAUUAUACCUUUUGUAUUGAGAAUAGUGACAACAUUCAAGUUAUCUGACUAUAUCUUCUGCGACGAUCAAAUUAUUAAUGCAUCUAUAUUAUUAUAAUAAAGAAAGUUUUAUGAGUGUUUUUUAAUAUUAAAUAAGGUUAAGGAUGAUCAAUUUGUAAGGUAGUUGAAGCGAAAUUUACUAUUGAAGAAAUGUGUAAAUUAAAUAAACUCUGACUUUCAAAUAACUUCGUAAGCUCAACAGUCAUUCGGUUUGGCUUAAAAACUUAUUUAAAAUGAUAUUAAAAAUAUAAUAAUACUUAAUGAUAUUAAGAAAUUACUAUUACAAAAAAUACAAUUAUUGUAAAAUUGGAAAACCAAUAAAUUUUAGUAGCUUUACACAUAUAUUGAGUCAUUGCUUAAAUUAAAACAUUUAAUAGACAACUACUAUUUAAAGGAACCGAAUAAUAUAGUUUAAGCAUUAAUUUGUUUCUUUUAUGUAGAAAUAUUAAAUGAUUUCCUUGAAGCCAAUGAUAUAAUAAUCCAUGCUAAGAAAUCUACCGAGCUAUGUUAUACUGAAUAUGUACCUAAUAAGAAUAUGUUUUACGUUGUGACCAAAUAUGAAAAUCAAGAAUUAUAAAUGAGUAAAGUUUCUAGUAAUGCACCAUCCUAUGUUUGUAAUAGAUAAUUGGCAGACUUAAUUCCUAAUGGCAUAAAAGAAUGGCAUGAUAAAAUAGUUAACGAAUUCAUAAAAAUUGGGAAAUCUAAAUACAUUAGAUAACAAAAUGAAAACUACAUCAAUCAUGGUUAAUUUAUUGAUUCUGUUGACUUUGCGAUCGACAUCACUUAUUCUAAUGAGUUAAAUUUUAUAUCUCUUAUAACUCAGAUUCCUCAAGAGCAUUUAACCAUAAUAGUAAAUGAUAAAUACCUAAUUACUAACAUAACAAAUAAAGUGAGUUAAACUAGUAAAUAUUAAGACUUUUUUCAAAAAGGAAUGCAAAUUACUUAAAUAUUCCCUAAUUUACAAGAUAUUAAAAGCAGUUGUUUUUUAGAAAAUGUAUAAAUAAAUCAAUCUAAAUUAUAAUCUUCAUUAUUUGAUUUACAAGAAGAUAUCUCUUAUUUUUGUAGUUUGAAUAUCAAUUUAAAAAUGAUUGAAAAUAAAAUGAUAUAUAUGAUUAUUCAGUUGGAAAAUUUAUCUAAAACCUAAUAAAAUAUUUUGAGUUCUACCAAGAAAGAAAUCAAGACAUUUGAAUCAAAAUCUAGUUAAUGUUUUAGUGUAGCCGAUGAAGGGGAUCCUUUACUUCAAGCUAAUAUUAUAAGUGAAGAAAUAGUGGGCAGAACUUUGCUUAUACAAAGUAAAUUAUUUAAUCAGGAGAACAUCUAAAAUGAAAUUCAAUGCGAUAAUUUUCAAUUAUAACUUGUUUCUCCUUAAACUGAGCCUGAUAAUAACCCAUUAAUUGUUCAAGAUAAAAAGAAUAGUAAGAUACAAUCCAUCAAAUCAAUGCCAAUAGUAGGGAAUGAUAGAAUACAUAAAAAGAUUCUCGAUUUAAAAAAGGAUGAGUUAUUCGAUAGAGAAGAUAAAUCUUAGGUAUCUUCGAUUAAAAUGUUGAGAAACUCUAAAUUUUUUCGAAAAUAUGACCUCUACAACAAAUUUAAUAAGCAUACCCCAAUGAAAAGGUAUCAUUAAUUAGUAAUAUUCCUUUUUCUUUUAUGUUUGAUUGUACAAGGAUUCUUUGUCAUAAUUCAUUUGACGAGUUUGAAUUUGGUUGCAUUUGCAGAUGAUAUUCAUUUGUUGGAAAUCAAAAAUCUAUUUUUUCAGCCACUCGAUAUGUUCGUAGUGACUAGAUGGAAUUUAUGGACUUAUAAUGUUUAAAAGACUAAUGGGAUUAUAACUUAAGAAGAAUAUAACACAGUAUCAAAGUUUGCUACCUCCAAUUUAGGUUUGGGAUUUGAUUCUUUGAAUGGGAAUUUAAAAUCUGUCCUCAAUCGAUAAGAAUUGUAAAGCUUACUCUAAAGUAAAUAUAUAGAAUCUUAUGCUUACUUGGAUUCCUAUAAAUCUGAAAAGUAUAACAUGACUUUAAGAACUGCUAUUUCAGUUUUGUUAAGCUUUUAAUACAUCUUAAAGAUGAAUUAUGUAUAUGAAAAAUAAGCUAAACCAGAUAGUCCUUAAGUGUUUUAUAGUUUUAAGAAUUAUCCGACAUUGAGAGAUAUUAUGACUCAAUUAAAUUAGGAUAUCAUGACAGAAACCUUAAAUCGUGGUGAGAAUUUCUAAGACGAACUUAAAACUCUUUUUUUAUUGGAGUAGAUAUUUCUAAUUUUGAUCGUGAUGAUUAACUUUUUUGUUAGGACCUUAAUAAAUAAAAAACUAAUGCUAUUUUUAUAGUUGAGUCAAUAUUACGAUGAGGAUGCAAUUUAAAAGGAGAUCCAAAAAAGCAAAUUGCUAUUGGAUUAAUUAUUGGAUGACAAUUCAUACAUUUUUAAUUAUAAUCUAUAAUUGGAUGAAAAGGAAGAAAAGCUUAUAAACAAUAAAGUAGAUUAAGGAAAUAGAAUGUUUAAGUGUUAGAGAAAGAAAAAAAUACCAAUAUAGAGAUUCUUACUUGUAUCAGUAUUGUUAUAUGCAUUCGUUACUCUGAAUAGUAUAAUCAAUUUCAUUGAAUACUCGGAGUAUCUGGAUAAAUAUCCUAAGACAUCUCUUUUCAAAAAAUAGAUUGGUGAUUUAGGAGGGGAUAUACCUUUGAUGUUUGCACAAAGAGAAGUGCUCUAUGGCAGACAAAAUUAUAUAUAUUUAGAUGCAGCAUACUUUGAUAAAAUGUGGUUUUACAUAAAUGAAUCUUUGGCUAACACUUUGAAAUAUACCUCGUAGGAAUUUGAUUUCUCUAACAUGCUUGUGACUGAUUCAUUUACUGAAUUUUAUGACAGCGUUCAGAUUGGUGAUCUGUGCACUUUUUUGCCAGAUUAUCUAAAAGAAAAAUCUAAGGAUUUGUGUCCAACCAUCAUGAAUUAGAAUAUGAAAUAUGGAUUGAAAGCUAUAUUGGUUUAUAUUGAAAACUUGAUUUAAGUUGAUAUGGCUAUAAACAAUUUUACUUACAGGGCAGUUCCAACAUAAAAUGAAUUAGAAGGAGCAUUUAUGAUUUCGAAUAUAAUCAAUGUAAUAAAUUCCAAUUUCUAUAAUGAUCUAAUUUAGCUAACCACUGACUUAGUAAAUUAACAAAAAAUUUUUAACAUUUUCUAUUUAAUACUGCUCACCUUGAUUAUGAUAAUUGUAAUUACCUUCUUUAAGUAAAAACUAUUCGAGAACAGCCAAAUUAUUAUUCAUUUUGUUUACUUAGUUCCUUCUUAAACCUUAUUCAUAGAUGAUACAUUUGAAAGAACUAUGAGAACCCUAAUAAAUUUUUGA